UGUGAAUGUCACUAACUUAACAGGUGACAUUACUGGUAUUGGAGAGUAUGAAUACAAUGUCACGUUUGGGGAAUCAGAGUGUCAAAUCAUCUCUUGUAACGAAGGAACAAUUAAGAAACUACUGGAGAAGCAGUGGAAUACAAAACUGACAGGACCCGAAGACCUGAAAUGGGUUUUGAUCAUGAAAAGCAUGUGCCCCGAUUUGUUCAUGAACACAGUCAUAAAGCCAGUGUUUAUAAAUUUGGAGCGGGUGAUGAUAAAGCAGCUGAUAGAUGUGCCUUUUGAGGGGAAGAGUGUCAUUUACAAUCUGACGGAUUUAGCGGUCACAGCGGCAAAGAUAAACUUAACCGCUCUGGAUCAGACUGACGGCUCCAUUAACCUCACAGCUCCUAUGCUCACGUAUGAAGAAACGCAGUACACACCGCAAAUCUGGAUACCUACUGUGGUCUUCCAGAACAUCUCAGAGGAAAAGAGGAAAGUAGGCGUGGUGCUGUACAAAUCACCUGAACAGUUCAUGAGCAAGGGUGCGAGGCGACCUUGGAGUUUACUGAUUCGAGUGGAGCUAGUGGAAGAAGACCCCAUCAGAGACUUGAAGAGUCCCCUUCGGAUGCAGUUCAAGCUGACCCAGACAACAGGGCCAGCAAGUGUCACUGCGUGUUUCUGCCGUUUUAUCAGUUUCAGCAUUUUCUCCCUGUGUUCUGUGGUCAUCAAGCUUAGCUCCAACCCAUCGCCAAUCAUCAUUUUGUGUCUUUUCACAGGAAAACUACACCCAGGAGUGUCAGUUUUACAAUGAGUGGGGAAAUGGAACCUGGAGCAAUGAAGGAUGCAACACCACCAGGGUGAAGGAUCUGAAUGACACCGUGGAGUGCAGCUGUGACCACAUGACCCCUUUUGCUGUACUCUUGGUCCCGGCAAAAAAUAUUGACAAGGACACCUGGAAGAUCUUGUCUAUCAUAAGCUACAUUGGCUCUGGUCUGUCAGCUUUCUUUACUGCCAUCUCCAUCCUCACCUACUUUAUCAUCAGGAGCCCCUCGAGGGACCACUCCGUGACCAUCCACGUGUCCCUCAGCGGUGCCCUGUACCUGCUGAACCUCAGCCUCCUGCUGAAUGAGUGGCUGGCCAGCAUGCAGGUGCGGGCGCUGUGUCUCUUCAUUGCAACCAUGAUGCACUACAGCCUGCUCUGCAGCUUCACCUGGAUGGCCAUCGAGGCCCUGCACCUUUACCUGCUGAUCAUCAGGGUGUUCAACACCUACUUCCGCCACUACAUCGCCAAGCUCUCGGCCGUCGGCUGGGGUAUACCAGCUGUCAUUGUCGGAGUCUCAAUCGCCACCACGUACAAAUCAAACCAGUUUUACGGCCCCGUGGAACUAAAUCUGGAGAACUCAACCAGUUCACUCUGCUGGAUCAUGGAUGUUCAUUUCUUCUACGGGUUGAACGUCUCCUACUUCUGCAUCGUCUUCCUCUUCAACAACGGCAUCCUGCUGACGGUGAGCGCCAGGAUCUGCCAGCUGAGGAAGUUUGGGAGGAAGAGUGCCAUGAUGGUGCCGUGGAAGGACACCUGCACCGUGCUGGGACUUACCUGCCUGCUGGGGACCACCUGGGGCCUGGCCUUCCUCAGCUACGGAGUCCUCACCAUCCCCGUGCUCUACCUGUUCAGCAUCUUCAACUCUCUGCAAGGGUUCUUAAUCUUUCUGUGGAUCUGUGGAACCGCUCGGAAGGAGAAGAGGAACGCGGCCCUCGCCACAUCCGCGGGGACACUGGUCUCUACAGUCAAGCCCAAGUAGAACCCCGGCCCAGGACUGAGCUCGCUGGCACAGCGCACGUCCACCUUCACCCCCUGCCACUCAGCGGACACUCACCGUCCACAGCCACUUCCACCGCACAAACACAGAGCGUGUUAGACGACACACCGUGAAAUAUCGUAGAAAGUCCGGGACACGCGCAUGAUGUGACACAGCGCGUGGAAGGCAAUAUCUCUAUUAUUAUGAAAACGAAAAACUAACCCUAACCACAACCCUAACCCUAAAUUACAAAAAAUUGCAAUCAGCAACAAAACCUCAAUAUAUAAGAAAUUACAUAAAAGAGGGACAAAAGAGGGCAGUAACCCCCCCCC